AUGAACGGUACAGCUCGUGCUUCGAAGGGCAUCAUCACGCCGUUGGAUGCGCAGCCGGUAGAAGAGGGAAUGGCACCACGAACCAGAUGUAUCGUUGAAGAACGAUCUGUGGAUGAAGUUCGUCCUCUAAGGAUUGUCAUCAUCGGAGCUGGCAUUUCUGGAAUCCUCGCGUGCAUUCGGCUUAUGCAGAGAAUCCCAAAUCUGCAACUCUGCAUUUAUGACAAGAACCCCGACAUUGGGGGAACUUGGUUUGAGAACCGUUAUCCCGGAUGCGCCUGUGGCAUGUAUCCCCCUCCGAUCACUAUAUGGAUACUUUCUCACUGGCAGCGGUGGCACACAGAUAUCCCAGCUCAUACCUACCAAGCCUCUUUCGAGCCCAAUAAGGAAUGGUCAACCUUCUACGCCAAGUCUCCUGAGAUCCACAAGUACUGGACGCGCGUAGUCGAAAAAUAUGGAUGCAGAAAGUAUAUGAAAUUGAAGCACCGUGUGGCCAAUGCUAUUUGGGAUGAAAGUAUCUCAAAGUGGAAACUACAAAUUGAAGCUAUCGAUACGGGCUCCGUGUUGAACGAUCAGUGCGAGGUUGUGAUUCAGGCAACGGGUGCCUUGAAUGAUUGGAAGUGGCCGCAGAUCCCCGGGCUUCAUGACUUCAAGGGUAAACUGAUGCACAGUGCAUCUUGGGACGAAAGUUAUGACUACAAAGAUCAGCGAGUCGCAGUCAUUGGAAACGGAUCAAGCGGCAUCCAGAUUGUCCCUGGAAUCUUGCCCGAUGUGCAACAUAUAGAUCACUAUGUUCGCAGCCGCACUUGGGUGUCUCCCUCUUUUGCACGGAAGCAUAUUGAAAGACGUGGUAACGGAUUAGAGAACUUCACUUUCAGCCAAGCGGACAUUGAACUUUUCAAACGGGAUCACGAAUCAUAUCAGAAAUUCCGCAAAGAGGUCGAGCUAGAGCUGCAAUCUGUCCACGGAUCUACUAUCGAAGGCACGGAGAUGCAAAUUCGCGCCAGAGAGGAAUUUGUGAAGAACAUGAAACGACGACUUAUAGCGAAACCGGAGCUGAUCGAUGAUCUCAUUCCUUCCUUCCCGCCUGCGUGUCGUCGCCUGACCCCAGGGCCCGGUUACUUGGAGGCAUUGACAAAUGAUAAGGUCGAUGUCGUCACGUCAAGCAUAAUGAAAAUUGACGAAACCGGUAUUAUCACCACAGAUGGACAGCACAAACCUGUGGAUGUCAUUAUCUGCGCAACUGGGUUCGAUACCUCUUAUACUCCCCGGUUCAAGGUGAAGGGGCGGGAAGGACUCACGUUGGCUGAGCAUUGGAACGAAACGCCCAAGACCUACCUGUCAAUUGCUACUGAUGGAUUUCCAAAUUACUUUAUAUGUUUGGGGCCCAACGCCGGGCUAGGUGAGGGCAAUCUUUUGACUCUGAUUGAGAAAGAGGUGGAUUAUUUUACAGAAUGCGUACGCAAGAUUCAGCGCGACAAUAUACGCGCAAUGAGUGUGCGACCUGAUGCUGUCAGUCGCUUCACUCAGUUCUGCGAUCAAUAUUUCUCGCGGACCGUGUUCAGCAGCAAGUGCCGCAGUUGGUAUAAGGGCGGGACUGAAGAUGGCCGCGUUAUAGCCCUCUGGCCUGGAUCAUCAUUGCACUCGAUGGCUGUGUUUGAGCACCCCCGCUGGGAAGACUUUGAGUACGAGUACGUUGGAGACAGCCCCAUGGGCUGGCUCGGAGAUGGGUGGACGGAGAAUGAGAAGUACAACAAAAUCAAUGUUGAUUAUCUAGAUGAUGAGCAGAUUGACUUUCCACAGCCGAUCAAGGCUGUCUAG